AAAAGAUGCAAACUGGAGUAUUUCCUUUAUAGAUUUUACAUCUGUUGUCUUCUUCUACUGUGGGCGUGAAACCAAGGAAGCUAUUUUCAUGUCUCCUUCAGAGCCCCGGCUGCAGCUACUCGACUGCGCAAAUAAAAAUCAGACUUCAAAACCAAUGAAUUCUCGAAGAUCUGAUACUGAUGAUACAUACAAAAGGAAAAAGGGGAUGAUCUGUCAACUUCCUUGGGAUGUGCUCGACGAGAUUACCCAAACAUUAGAUUUUGAGGACCUCUUUCAGUUUUCAGGUGUCUGCAAAAAUUGGAGGACCUUUCACAAAUCAAAUUUUUUGUCAUCUCAAGAACCAUUACUUGUUGAGAUUUGGUAUUCUCGUUAUCCUCGCUGGGGACCAAAAUGCUUUAAUAGCCUAUCCAAUAAAAAAGUUUAUAACUUGGACAAGAUAAUGAACGAGAGAUACAAAAUAACCCCAACCUAUAUUACCUAUUCCAGUGGAUAUUUUGUUAUUCUAGAGGAUAAAUUUACAUUUCAGCUACACAAUCCAUUCACAAGGACAAAGAAGGUAAUAUAUAAUACAUCAUCGCCCUUUGAACUUACUUAUCCUUUUGCUGCCUACCGUGCCUUGCUUGCUUUUGAAAAAGGCUCUGAUCAGGAAUUUGUCUUGUUGGUUGUUUGCAAAAAAUCGGGCACUUUAGGUGUCUAUCAAUCUCGAAAUAAUGCCUGGGUUGCUUAUUCCACACCAGUAAAGCCGGAAGUGGUUAGUCACGAAGUGGUUUUCAAUAACAUGAUAUAUGUUGUCACUAACAUGGGCAACAUAGGGGUUCUCAGUUUGAAUUCUCCAAAUAUUAAAUUUCUAAACCUCAACAAUACUCCAAAUUUACACUUUCUAUACCAUAACCUUUACUUGCUCAAUUGUGAUGACCAACUUUUAAUGGUUGCGUUAGACUUUUUUAAAAACAAAGUUUACAAGAUAGACGGGUCAACCAUGAGUUAUUUUAAAUUGAAAAAUUUGGGUGAUGUUGCAUUAUUUUGUAUUGAGACGAAAACCUGUAUCGCAUUGAGCAACCCGAAUAGGUGGGGGUAUGAGAGCAACUCUGUGUAUGCUCUUGCGGAUCCUUAUAUUGAGUGUCGCAUGUAUAAUUGGAAUAGACGGUCAUCAACAAAAUAUAUCGAGAUUCCAAGUCCUAGAGGAUACAUCAGUGAAUAUAAUGAUUGGUGUUUUAGACAUCUAAAAUAUGAAGUGGAUUAUUCUCUCGUUGACUAGCUUUCUCCCGUUGUCUUAAUUGCUCUAGUAAAAACUUGUAUUGGUUUAUGGUUUUUUUUUUCUUUAGACCUUACUAUUA